UGCUGUUUAAUAAUCGAUGUCCGAGCUGUCAUUUUUAUUAUACAGUCACACAACAAAAAGGCAGAUAAAACGAAUAUAUAUUUUGUACGUAAACAGAAUAUUAGGCAAUUGGAGUUCUUUAUGAAACAGAAAAAAACUCAGUAACAAGCAUACACACCCGUUGGGAAACAGUAUCGUCAACACUAACACCACUACCACAACCAACAGCGCAAACUGUUUAUAUCACAAAUCAGCUGCCACUAGAAUUUGCUACAUCAACCGCAAUCAGUUUUACUAAUAUUACAAAUAGCUACACAAACACAUUAUGGAUAAGAAAGCUGUCGGAACAGUAAAUGAUGGACUCACUAAAGUAUAUGACAGAGCUGGAAUAUCAUAUUUCGUUUAUAAAUAUCGGGGUCACAAUAUGAUUCCUAUACCUGUAGUGGCGGAGAAUUUAGGGAAAUUAAAUUCACUCACAAUUCGAACUGAUGAUGUUUUAAUAUGCAGUUACCCAGGAACAGGUUCCCACUGGUUGUUUGAAAUGACGAAUAUGAUACUAAAAGAAAAAAGCGAAAGAAUAUCGACAAUUAAAGAAGACCAUAUGCUGGAAAUUUCUAGACCAGAAAUGCUAGAUGCCAUUGAUUCACCUCGCUUACUGCAUACGCAUUUACCUCCUGAUAUUAUUCCCGAGGGUCUUUUGAAAGACCACAAAAUUCUUUAUCUGACUCGCAAUCCUAAAGCUGCAUUUGUGUCAUACUUCAGACACAUGGCAGCACUUGAUGAAUAUGGAUACCGAGGAACUUUGGAAAACUAUUUGGAAAAGCUUAUGAAUGGAGAAGUGGUCGGCGGGCAAUUUUUCGAAUACACGCAUGAAAUUUGGCGCCUGAUUAAAGACAAUCCAAAUGCUAUAGUAAUAACUUAUGAAGAAAUGAAAAAGGUUCCCUUUGAAGUAGUGUCUCGCAUUGCCAAGUUGCUCGGGAAGUCUAUUAGCAACCAACUAGCUGAAAACAUCAUUGACAUGUGUUCGUUUGAGAAGAUGACAUCCGAAAAAAGUACCGAGAGUUCCAACUUUACAAAAGAAUUGUUCCGGGACAAUGGAUCUUUUUAUCACAAUGGUCAAAUUGCGACUUGGAAAAAGUGGUUAACUGUAGAACAAAGCGAGAGAAUAGAUGCUUGCAUCCAAUCACAGCUCAUUGACCAGGGAAUCAAUUUAAAUUUUUGAGUUAUUUAAUGUCUUUUAAGUAAGGGUUCGUAACAUUAUUUACAAGAGAUUGUAAACAAAUAUCUGAUGAAAAAUAAUCUAUUUUAUUGGAAUUAUUAAAAUAUUUGCUUUGUUUCAAUGUGUUAUACUCAAUAAUAAAUAA